UUCACUCACUCUGAGCUUCAAGUGUAAAAUUAAAGCAGUAGUCAGAGCAUAAAUCUAGAAAAAUGUCUGAUGAGGUGUGCUAUUCCACUGUAACUUUCAAAGAAAACCAGGGAUCGGAGCCUGGAGUGAGGAAAGAGGAAGAGACUGUAUACGCAGAGGUGAAUAAAAGAACAUGCAUCUCAACAGCGCCCGUUCCUGCUCCAGAAGUUUCUGAGACCCCAGAGAAAACUGGCCCUCGCUCUUUCCCACAUGGAAUGGCCACGGUGUGUCUGGGGCUGCUGUGCAUUCUCUUAAUGGGUGGCAUCAUAGCCCUUUGUGUCUACUACAACUCUCACCAACCUCAGAGUAACAAUAUGUUGAUGGCCGAACUUCAGCAACUCAAAAGCAACCAGAGCGCCCUGACUGCUGCCAAUCGGGACUUGAAUGCACGCUACAGUGAUCUAACCAUGGCCAAUGAAAUGUUACAGUCAGAUUACAAAAACCUGACUGCAGCCAAUGAAAUGUUACAGUCAGACUACAAAAACCUGACUGCAGCCAAUGAAAUGUUGCAGUCAGAUUACAAAAACCUGACUGCAGCAAAUGAGAUGUUACAGUCAGAUUACAAAAACCUGACUUCAGCAAAAGAGAUGUUACAGACAGCAUAUAAUAGGCUAUCAACAGAGAUGAUUACACUGAACCAGACCCUCAUAGCUAGAGGGUAUUCGCCUUGCCCAGGUGGCUGGAUUCUGUUCCAGUCCAAAUGUUAUAAUUUUGCGUCCGGUGGAUCAGCACAAUGGAAGAUCUGGAGCAACAGUCGUACUGCAUGCACUAAUGCUGGAGCUGACCUGGUGAUUAUAGACAGCCAAGAAGAACAGGGGUUUAUCAAUACAAACGUCAUAAAUUACGAUGAUCAAUGGCAUGGGUACUGGAUUGGACUGAGAAAAAAUCAGGGUACCUGGCGCUGGUUGAACGGCACUGUACAACCCGCAGGGUAA